CGAUUUGCUUGUAACGACAACGGCCAUCCAUCCAUCCGCACAGUAGCCACCCACGCAUAGCUUUUAUAUCCGCCGCACCUUCACGUCUCGUACGCCUUCCCGGCACAGCCAUUCCCAUCCGCCCAUCUUCACGUACGACUAUUUGGAGCGCAUCACACCUCAUCCCAUCCUUGACCGGGAACCAUAUAGGCACUCGAUCGAUGGUGUUUUGAUCGCACCCAUCCUGCUCCACCUUCAUCAUUCAGCCGGGGCGAGCACACCACCUGUCUUGGGCUGCGAGGCGACGACGACGACGAGCUUGCCAUCAUGGAUGCCGCUCUACAAAAAGCACUGGUGGAUAGAGUGUACGAUCGGAGGAAGGCUGCGACGCUGGAUCUUGAAAAACAAGUGCGAGAAGCGCUUCAACGCAAUGACAGGAGCCGCAUCAACCUCAUCAUUCAACAAUUGUGCGCUCUCCUAUCCACGCCUGCCAACAAUCACGCGCGCAAUGGUGGAUUGAUAGGUCUGGCUGGCAUCGCCAUCGCAUUGGGAAUACAAAUCGCUCCUUAUUUGGAACAGAUCGUACCGCCCGUCUUGGCUUGCUUUGGCGAUCCCGAUAGCAAAAUCCGCUACUUUGCGUGCGAAAGCUUCUACAACAUCGCAAAAGUUUGCAAAGGCGAGAUAUUGAUGUACUUCAACGAGAUCUUCGAUGCUCUGUCCAAGCUCGCAGCAGAUUCCGAACUUUCUGUAAAGAACGGUGCAGAGCUGCUGGAUAGACUGCUCAAGGAUAUCGUCUGCGAGGCUGCACCUCACUACGUCUCUGCCCACCAAGACAUCGCACUCAUUCGAUCUCGGCAAGAUGCUGCGGCAGGGUGUGCCGGUGGGAGCGCAGAGCUGGAGGUGGCCAGGGAGAAAGCAGCCUUGGCCGCAGCAGAAGGCAUCGACAUAUCAUCGGACGAGUCUAGAAACAAGGUGUUCAGUUUGGCUCGCUUCGUGCCUCUCUUGGCAGAGCGCAUGUACGUCCUAUCGCCUUUCACCAGAAAUUACUUUGUCAGCUGGUUGAUGGUGCUGGACUCGGUACCCGAUCUGGAACUGGUGCAUCACUUGCCUGCCUUUUUGGACGGACUGCUCAAAUACCUCUCCGAUCCAAACACCGACGUCCGAGUCGCUACGCAUAACGUCCUUGCGGACUUCUUGAGGGAAUGCAAAGCUGCCGCUAGAGCUCAAUUGCGCUUAAAUCCUGGCACGCGGAGCCAAGCCAAACAGCCGGUCAAAUUUGCCCAGGAAACUUUGGCUAAGCAAGGAGCGGCAGGUAGCAUAGCUAGAGAGGUUGAAGAGGGGCACAAUGCGGAGCGCGACGACGAAGAGGACGAAGAGGAGGGAGAUGGUGCGUUGGCGGUCGACGACGCUUCGGAGGAUGUCUGGCUUCCGGUGCAGAGCGUGAGCAUAGACUAUGCAGCGAUCGUUCAAAUCUUGGUGAAUCACAUCGCCUAUCCGGACGAGGAAAUUCAAGCGACGGCUCUGCAAUGGAUCUCGGAAUUCUUGCUCGUCGUCAAGGACGUAGUGGUGCCCUUUACGCCUCGGCUCAUUCCCGCCAUCUUGCCCUCCAUCGCCCAUCAUAGUCCGGCCAUCCAGAAUGCGGCCCAGGCGACGAAUGGCAACUUGUUCAGAGUGCUGCAGGGCCUGCCAAUGGAGGACACCUCCAAAGCCAGUGCGACUGCGUCGUCAUCCAGACAGACGAUGAAAAGUGUGCAGGCAGAUGCGAAAAGGGAGCGAAUGGGAACUGCCGGGCUGACGGCUCCGCCAAGUGGCAAAAUUUUAGAGCCAUCCUCGCCCAGCCUCACUUCGACUGUGAUCUUUCCCGACAAUGCGACGGACACGCGGUCACCUCAACUCUCCCCGAAUUUGAAAGCGCAAGCCUUUUCGCUUGCUGCUAGUGAUGUCGAUAAUGAAGGAAGCGCUUUUUCGGCUUUGGGCAUCGACGCUAGCGGUAGUGCGACAGGAGCUGAGCCGAGCGUGGAACCGUUCGAUCUGCAAGCGACGGUCAAUGUCCUGACGCUGCAGCUUAUAGAUGAGCACGAGGAGACGCGGGUAGCAGCUCUGGAAUGGCUGCUCAUGCUGCACCAAAAAGCUCCUCACAAGAUCCUGGCCAUGGACGACGGCACCUUUCCAGCGCUGCUCAAGACGCUUUCGGAUCCGAGCGAAGAGGUCAUCCGAUCUGAUCUGCGUCUUUUGGCCCAAAUCAGCAGCGCCAGCAGCAGCAAUAGCAACGAUGCGUACUUCAAAAGCUUCAUGAUCAACCUCGUCAGCCUUUUCAGCACGGAUCGACGCUUGCUGGAGACGCGCGGCAGCCUGAUCAUUCGUCAGCUGUGCGCCAGUCUGCACACCGAGAGAAUCUUCCGCACGCUUGCAGAGAUUUUGGAACGAGAUGAGGAUUUGGAAUUCGCGAGCGUCAUGAUCACCAACAUGAACAUGAUCCUCAUCACCAGUCCUGAGCUUGCUGAUUUCCGACGCAGGCUGAAGAACCUCGACUCGUCUAGGGAUGGUCAACAGUUGUUUGUCAGCCUGUAUCGCAGUUGGUGCCACAAUGCAGUGGCGACGUUUAGCCUUUGCUUGCUAGCUCAAGCCUACGAGCACGCUUCCAACCUCUUGCAGAUUUUCGCCGAUUUGGAGAUCACCGUUGGCUUCUUGAUCCAGGUGGACAAGCUGGUGCAGUUGCUCGAGAGCCCCAUCUUUACUUCUCUUAGGCUGCAGUUGCUCGAACCUGAGCGACAUCCUUACCUGUUCAAGUGCAUGUAUGGUCUGCUCAUGCUCCUUCCUCAAAGCUCAGCUUUUGCGACGCUCAGGAAUCGUCUCAACGCCGUCAGCAGUCUAGGAUUCCUGCACGCCAACGCUGCAUCCAGCAGGUCCAUGCAGGGAAGUGGCAGCAGCGCAACAAGCGCGAACGCGAACAAUCCCUCAUCUGCUUCUUCCUCUUCCUCCUCCGCAUCUGGGCAGGUGGCAGGAACUCGCAGCAAAUUGGUGGCUAGCAGCAACAAGGAGGAGAUCAAGUGGACGGAAUUGUUGACGCACUUCAGAAAGGUGCAGGGUAGACAUGAAGCUGCUAGACGCGCGGGACAAGCGGGAGCUGCGGGAGCAGACGGAUCCGCGCUUGUUCCUGGCAUGGCGAGCAUACAAUUGGAAGGCGGCAGCAGCAGCGCUUCGAGUGCGCCUAGAUCGCAAAGUGCUGCGGCUGCGGCUGGUGGUCUUGCGUCCAAUCAACAAAGACGCAAAGCGAGCAAUGGCGCUGCACAUUUGAGGAAUCCGAAUUUGAGCGGCGCUGCUUCCAACGCGAACAGUUCUGGCUUUGCGCCACCGUCUGCUGCCGCUGCUGCUGCUGCUGGUAGGCACUCGAACCACGCACCAGCCACCAACGCCACCAAUUCCUCCUCCUCGCCUUCCUUCUUUGGACUCAGUCUAACGGGCGCGGCUUACAAUUUGGCCAACUCCACCUCGACUUCUGGUGCGCUUGGCUCUGGACCGGCCAAUAGACCUACUUCUCCCUUGUCCGCUAGGCGAUCUAAUGCUGCGCCUGGUACGAGGGUGGUCAGCAAUGCGCCUGCCAAGAGAUAGCUCUGCCCAUCGUAAGAGGGGAGCAAGAGGGAGCAGGAAUUCCGGGGAAAGGCGGGAGCGCGCGCGCCACGCGCUUGAUUCUCUUUUGUGAUUUCUCGCGUCACCGUGUAAUGCGACAAGUUUGUCCACGUCUCUUCUUUUCUUCAUUCCCAACAAAGUCGACAAACCGAUGGGCUGCUCUUGACUUCGCCCAUGCAGUCUGCAUGCGCGUCGCUUUAUGUGUACGGUACCGAGCUACAUAGUACGCCUUGGCAGGUACUGUGCGGGGACCCAGUGUGCGGACGCUGCGCCGAUUCAUCGGGUGCUGUCGUAGGGUCUGCGGUGCGG